AUGAGGCGUCCGUCUGUAACCUUGUAUCGAUUGCGCCGUCCAGCUUCAUCUCGAAUGGCGAUACGACCUCCCGACUGCGUGAUAUAUACAAUUCGAAUAUGCGCCACCGACCGAUCAGUGUCGAUGUGCAAGGAUUGGCGAAUGCGUUUGUUCUACUCCGGAUGCCAUUCGACUCGGCCGAAAGUGCUCCAUCUGCAGAUCUUCGAAACCAUCCACCCCGGCGCUCUGGAUGCCAGCUGCGAGUUGGCGGAACGAGAUGGACCAUGCGCGACGUAUGAGGGCAGCCUUGCAUCUAACGUCAAGCUGCAUUAUGAAAUGUGGGGUGCGACGCCUUCAUCGCUGUGGGACUGGGCGGGGCUCAAGGCGAAAAUUCACAAGCACGGGCUGCAGAAUUCGCUGCUGACUGUACCGAUGCCGACUACGUCAACCAGCCAAAUUCCGAGAAACAACGCCUCCUUCGAGCCUUACACGAGCAACAUUUACACGCGUCUUGUCUUUUCAGGCGAGUUCCAGGUGGUGAACCCCCAUCUGCUCUGGUAG